AUGGCACAGUGGGCGGUUUUGCUUCUGGUAGCGAUUGCUGGAGUGGCUGUGGUGUCUGCGGAUCCUGCUCUGACCUUCGUCGAAAAUGUCAGGGCCGGCGCUAGGAUCGUAUCAGGAUGGGAAGCAGAAGAAGGACAGUUCCCUUACCAGCUGUCACUGCGCAUGGUGAACCCUGAGGGAGCAGUUAACGCUUGUGGAGCCACCAUCAUCCACAGUGAUUGGGGACUCACGGCCGCUCAUUGCACUGCUACUCGCGUAACCAUAGUCAUCAGAGCCGGUACAGUCAACAUGACACGGCCCGCCGUUGUUUUCGAGACGACAGAUUAUUUAAACCACCCACUUUACGACGAAUCGAUACAGCAGAUUGUACAACCUCACGACAUCGGCCUCAUCAAGUUUGGACGCUCCCUCGUUUUUAAUGACUACGUCCAACCGAUAAGGCUACAAAGCUCUUACCAUAAGGAUUACAACUACGACGGUUACCGUCUGACUGCCACCGGUUGGGGAAGAACCUGGACCAAUGGUACCGCUCCUGAAAAUAUGAAUUGGGUCUUCCUUCGAGGUGUGACCAACGCGUUCUGCUCAGAAAUUUUCGUAAUCAACAAUAUCGUUCAGGAUUCCACCAUCUGCGCUUCAGGAUACAACGUGACCAGCCAGUCUACCUGCCAAGGUGACAGCGGCGGAGGACUGACCGUUGUUGACGUUGACGGACAAGUGUCACAAGUUGGAAUUUCGUCCUUCGUUUCCAGUACUGGUUGUCACACUGAUUACCCUGCAGGUUUCAUCCGGCCUGGUCAUUACCACGACUGGUACUUAGAGGUCACCGGAAUCGACUUCGACUGGAAACCCGAAACAAUCGAACAACAAUGAACUGAAUCACU